AUGCUGCGAUCUACGCAAGACGAUAGCCUUGUUUUUGCGACAGAAUCUCACUGGCCCGAUAAAAAGUGGAGUGAGCCAGAUCUUGCGAAUACGUCUGAUAUCUUUGGCUCACCGAAACAAGACUUCGAGACUACGCAGGCAGAUCCGAGUAGCGAAUUGCACACGGGCUUUCCUUCUGGAUCUGGAGAUGGUGAGCAAGAUAUUUUGUUCCAUACAUUUUCACCGGGAGUUGCCACCAGCCCUGACGCGAGUGCUAUUGGUAAGGGUGCAUCGACCAGCGGCCUGAGCCCGAGUUUUUCCCGCAAGAUAGAUGCCAGUGAUGCUGACAAGAAUCCUACAAAUCCGCUCCACAUACAUUUUGCCAGUAGUCCACUUGUAACGAACAAAUUUGAUCUACGACAGAGCACACUGCUGACUGUUCCUCACACAGAUCAACUGCAAGAGAAUGCAACUCAAAUUAUACCCAAUGAACGGGCGACUCAAGUUAUACAUAACGAUGGGGCGACUCAAGUUAUACAUGAUGACGGGGCGACUCAAGUUAUACAUGAUGACGGGGCGACUCAAGUUCUACCCAGUGAACAAGCCACUCAAUUGAUCGGCACCACAAUUCCAUCCGUGCAUCAACCUAACUUGAGUACAAUCGCGACGCAGGUCAUUGGCGACUCUCAACAGAGUGAAAAUCACUGCGCAGAAACACAAGUAAUUCCUUGCGACAUAGAUUCGACUAGCAACUCGCUUCAGUAUCCUGGUGCCGAGACACAAAAAAUCGACAAUGAUUGCCUCUCUCAAACACAAAUUCUUCAUUUGAAUGGUCGGAGCACGACUGUACCUUCGUUCUCAGUUGAUGCAAAGUCCCAUCCCAAUGGCGAGACGUCUUCUAGUCAAAAAGGAAUAUCUGACGACCAAAGUAUGUUAUCUGAUUCUACGCACAAAGAGCUAACUGCAAAUUCUGCAGACGAACACCCAAGUUACUCAACUAAAACGCCGUUGCCAAACAGCUCUCCAAGUCAACCUUCUCGUUUCGAACACUCCACGAGUGUCAAUCAUUUUACAUCAAACAAUCAUGUACUGUUGGACAACACUUGCUCUGGAGAAACGCAAAUUAUCAAUGACGUAUACACAGACAAUGUAAAUAUUGGCAGGGUAACCCAAGUAAUAGAUCCUGGUGUCAAACAACUCUCUCGGAAGUCAUCUUCAACCCAUACGCCGUCACAAUCACACUAUGUUGAAGCGGAGUUGAAUCCAAAAUCGAACAUGAAGUCACUGAAAGAAAGAAACACAGAAUUGGAUAGUGCCUUCGAAUUUCCGAAGGACAUGGACAAAGGGCCACUUGAGGUUUCUGCCGCAAACAAUCAUUCAGAGGGCCAAAAUGGGGCUGCAACCCUUCUGGCUAAAUUUCCUUUUGGAUCCGCCGAGAAAGAAAUUUUUAGUUCACCAAAUGAAGCAAUCCCCUCCCAUGACAAUAAGAUAGAACACAUCCAAAAGACGAGAGGCUCCAUUAACCAUGGGCCAGAGACAGAUGACAAUGAUUAUGAUAUAUCCAUUAAUGACACAACCUUUGACUGUCAACAUCAAGGUCUAGCUGGUGAAGCUACCACUCAAGUUCUCAACACACAAGAAGAGAUUUAUGAUGAUGCGUCUUUGAAGCUUGUUGAUCUAGGAACUAAGCCUGUUUCCUCCAGUAGUCAAAACGACUUGAAACGUGAAUUGUCUUCUUUGAGUAUAUCUGAUGUUGAAGAAGGUGUACACUCUGAUUUUGAAGAUUCGACAUUCGUAUGUGAAGAUAGCAUAUUUAAUCUCAAGAAGAGAAAGUUGACAAGUCGUAUUUUGCGCACGGGUAUUACGCACAAUUCCCAAUCGGAUGUUCUGGAAAAGCUUUCGCAAGUAGACUCACUUGAUGCCACCCAGACGGAAGGAAGGGAUCAAUGCAACCUGCUGUCUCUAGUGACUACCGGCGCACUAUCGACAUCGUCACUGCCGCAUAGACUGAAUGAUUCAAAUUGGAGCACAUCGUCCUCUGAUCUUGAGGAUAUCAGUCAAGAUCCCAGUGAGACUCUUCUCUUAGAUCAACCAACGGAUUCUUUUCAUUUGACAGCAGAAGAGCCGUCUCAAGAAAUAAAAUUCGCCAAACCUCGGAGAGACAACGGUGUUCCCGAUGAGCAAAACGAAACACAGGAGACAAUUCUUCGGCAAGAAAAAAAUGAUUCACUUGAUGUUGCUUCGGUGUGUAAUGCUCAAGCAGUUUGGGUUUUUUCGCUGUUUCGCAAUUUCCCUGCCAUUGUUUUAACUGUAGGAGAAGAAUCCUCUUUGGUCUUGAUGCACAACCUCAAAGAAAUAACUAUAAGGAAUUCAGACCUCAAUAUUUUGGAUCUUCGUAUUGGCGAUUCUGUUCUGGUUUCUCUGAAAUUCGGCCAGUAUCUCGUGACUGGCCUCACCUUUGAACUGGGCGGGUCUCGGUUCAAUUGUCUUAGAGGGCACAAUACCGUGUUUCUAUUGAAAAAGGGUCGCCACAGCAAUGUCGAAUUCAAGGUGCCUUUGCAUGAAGUUUGUAUGGAGGCUGACCAGUUGGCUGCACAUCAUGUAAAGUUUCGAUUGAUGUCUGACACUACAAACUUGCUACAAUUAACAUAUCUUGAGGCGAACCAUAUAAUCAAAGCAAAGGCGUCUCUCAAUAGCUCGCAAGGUAAAUUAAUGAAUCAAAAUGCGAAUUCAGUUCAACUGUCGCUAUUAACACCUCAAGAGAACACUGGGAUAUUUUCGGGUAUGUUUUUCUUCGUUACAUCAAUUGAAGGCGAAAGAAAAGAUCAGCUCAAUAAAUUAGUUACUUCCAAUGGUGGGUUGUUCAUUGAUGAUGAGAUUGAUCUGAUACUCGAAAAGACUCACACCUCUCUUCAUAACUGCGCCCUUUCGCUGCAAACUUUAGAACACUUCAAGUUUGGGGCUUUGUUAUCCGAUGGAUUUUCUAGAAGUGCCAAGUAUCUACAGGCUUUGGCUUUGGGCUGGCCCAUUUUAGCUGAUGCUUUUGUCGAGAAAGCACUAGACAAUCCGAGCCUUCUAUUUAACUGGCCGGCAUUUCUUCUACCGGCUGGUGUAUCAUUGUAUUUUAAGGGCACUAAAAGCCAUGAUGUUUUUCAGUUUCGCAACAAGUAUGAGGCCGGGAUGGACAUGAGUUUGCAACUCAAUAAUAACAGCAGCCUCAUGACGUCGAGAAAUAUCUUAAUUUUAGAGAGAAACCAGGAUCAAAAAGUCCUCAGUAUGUGUGGCUUCAUUUUUCAUGCAUUCGGGUCAAGAUCUAUCACUUCAUUCAAGGAUAUUUCUUCAAUCGAGAACUAUAUCAGGAAAAAUGGUGGAGACUCGUUUACUGUCUACGACAACAGCGAUCACGAGUUCCGGAACAAGUUUGCAAGAAAAGACAAAAGGAAGCCCAGCAGAUCUAACUUGAAAGUGGACGUCGUAGAUUGGGAAUGGGUUGUUCAAUGUGUCAUUAGCAAUCUUGUUUGGGAACCCGGAACCCUGAUCUUUUUCUAA